GGUGGUGGAGGAGGAGGAGAUGGAGGAUGGUGGUAGUGGAGUGGUAGUAGUGGUCGUGGUGGUUGUGUUGGCGAUGCUGGUGCUGGGGGUGCUGGCGGUUUACGUUUGGAGCCAUUGGAUAGAUUGGUGA